UCACACACAUAUACACAACAUAGCUUUUUAUUCAUAAGGAGUGUGGGCUGUUGAAUAGAGCAUAGAAUAAUCCCACCCAUACUGUGAUGCCUAAAGGGGGGGGGGAUAUUUUACACAUUCCUGAACUGCAUCGCUCGUGCUGUCAGUAAGAUGACAGAGAAGCACCUGCUCCAUCCACACUAUGUAGCAGCCCUACGGAUUAAAUAGGUGUAAGGGAGAGCAUGCACUGGGGUCAGGGGAAUGGAACCAGGGGCCCCUACUCAGAACAACUUAACAGGGGACGUGCAGGAAGAAGAUGAUGACUACCCUACUUGGAUGAUCAGUUCUCUCACCACCAUCCUGGUUGUUACUAUCAGCGGUGACAUAUUUGGCAAUCUUUUGGUCAUCACAUCAGUCUUCCGGAACAAGAAACUGCGCAAAGCGGGAAAUGCUUUUGUGGUCAGCCUUGCUGUGGCAGACCUGCUGGUUGCAUGUUAUCCCUAUCCAUUGGUUCUUCUUGCGAUCUUCAACGGAGGCUGGAGAAUGGGCCACAUUCACUGUCAACUGAGCGGCUUCUUUAUGGGACUCAGCGUAAUAAGCUCAGUCUUCAACAUCACCGGAAUUGCUGUCAACCGUUACUGCUACAUCUGCCACCACAGCUGCUAUUCUCGCCUCUUCUCAAACACCAGCACUGUAAUCUAUGUAAUACUGGUAUGGACAUUGGCCCUAGCAGCCAUCUUGCCAAAUCUCUUUGUGGGAUCACUGCGCUAUGACCCACGUGUAUUUUCUUGCACGUUUUCACAGUCUGUUAGUUCUUUUUACACCCUUGCCAUUGUGAUCUUCCAUUUCUUUUUACCGAUCAGUGUGGUCAGCUUUUGCUACCUACGAAUAUGGAUGACAGUCCUUAAUAUUCGCCACAGGGUCAAGCCAUCAAGAAACAUUCAGGUGCAGACAUGGCCGUAUAGUAUACACAGUUUUAUCACCAUGUUCAUAGUCUUUGUGUUGUUUGCAGUGUGCUGGGGACCUUUGAACAUCAUUGGACUCUUGGUGGCCUUGAGCCCAAACCUAGGAGACUCAAUCCCACAAUGGUUCUUUGUAGCCAGCUACUUUAUGGCAUAUUUUAACAGUUGUCUCAAUGCUGUGGUCUAUGGGGCAUUGAAUAAGAACUUCCGUCGAGAAUACAAGAGAAUCAUGCUGAACAUUUUCCAAAUGACUUAAAGCUUGGUCCUGUGUUUUAAUUUUAUGAAUACACUUGUGUGUGUCCAAACAGAAAUAAAUGUUUAAAUACAUCUUAAAGAUAUCUGUACUUUUAAGAAGGAUAGGCAUUUAACCUCCUCCAAGAAUGUAAAUUGUUUACAUAGCAAGAAAAAAAACUAAAAGGUUUUCAGGUGUACCAUGAGUUUGUACCAAAAGUUAGUGGCAGUAAACCCAAAAUGAAAAAUUUAAUAUAUUG